AAAUCAGAUUCAGCGCGCGUCACUGUUUUCCAUCCUGACCUGAGAAUAUAGUAACAGAAAACGCAACUUGACAGCUCCGUCGUUUUGAGCAGUUGGUGGCUCCUCUGCAACCGACCAGCCCAGUUGAAAAAUUCUAGGGUGGUUCCGAUUGUUGUUGGUUUACGGUUUGUUUGUUGAUUGCUGCUGUUUUUAUGGACCUGCAAUUGGCGAAUAAGGCGUUGAGCCUUUCACAGAGGAAGAGAAAAUGGCUUAUUGUUUUAGCGGUAUGUGGGGUUUCCGGAUAUGGGGUUUACAAGGUGUAUCAUUUGCCCUCUGUUGUGAAGAAGAGGGGGAGGUUGAUGAAGCUCUUUGGAUCGGUGUUUUCUUUGGCUGAAUUGAUGUCGGAUUCUGCAGAGACUAUCAGUGUCGUGUCUAAGGAUUUGAAGGAGUUUUUACAAUCUGAUUCAGAUCAAAUCCCCAAUAGUUUGAAGCAAAUUUCUAAGAUUGCAAGGUCAGAGGACUUCUCUGAGUCUUUAAUUAGGGUUACUGAGGCGUUGACCGUUGGGAUUUUAAGUGGGUAUAAGUUAGAAUCGAGGAAUAGCAAUAGAUUGGCAACUGGUCCAGCAAAUUCGUGUUUUACUGAUAGGAUGAUGGAUCGAAUUUUCUCCAAUGCUGGGACUGGUUUUGUUUCUGUCAUGGUCGGUAGCUUUGCAAGGAAUUUGGUUCUGGGUUUUUACUCCAAGGAAGGAGCAGCUAACGGAUUGAGCGGAAAUGGUGGGGUGAAUGUGUCUCAAUGUGUGUCAGGUUCAUCAGAUGUUCCCAAAUGGGUAAAUUUGCUCUAUGAUGAUAAGUGUAAAGGGCUUAUGGCUGAUUGUAUUCAAAAGUUUGUGAGCACGGCAGUAGCAGUUUAUCUUGACAAAACUAUGGACAUCAAUACUUACGAUGAAUUGUUUGCUGGGUUGACCAAUCCUAAGCAUCAGCACAACGUGAGGGAUAUUUUGGUUUCUGUUUGUAAUGGUGCUGUGGAAACACUUGUAAGGACAUCACACCAGGUUUUAACUAGUUCAGACUCAAAUUCGAAGUCGAUCUCCAGUUCUAGAUGUGCCAUCAUUGAUCAAGGUGAAGAUGCUGGUGAAAUAAGUGAUGAUUGUUUUGAGCAAGAAGCAUCCUUGAAUCAAAUGAGAAAGGGAAGCUCAUUUGAUGGGGUUCAGAAUGGUGGCUGGGUGUACAAAGUUACUUCAACCUUGGCUGUUCCAAGCAAUAGGAAGUUUGUGCUUGAUAUGACUGGGAGGGUAACAUUUGAAACAAUAAGAUCUAUUGUGGAGUUCCUGUUAUGGAAGCUAUCUGAUGGUUUGAAGAGAAGCUAUAAUGUUGUCCACGAGGAGGUUGUGGACAGGGGAUUGGAAGUCAUCAGAUAUGUUGGUGCAAAAUCUUCUGUUAUUGUAACCAUUUGUCUGGCUCUGUACUUGCACGUUGUUGGGGGUACUAGAGUUCUGUUACGUGCUUAAAUGUGUCACUCCCUUUGUUUUAAAGUAGAUCAUGAUUUGAUGAUAUAAAGAAACAUUACUGAAGUUGCUCAGUUUACAAGGGCCUUUCCUUUUUCUGUCUCUUUAAAUGUAUGCAUAAAUAACCAAGGUCCUAUGGGGGCCAAAAAAAAAAAAAAAGCUAAGGUCGCAUGGUCUAUUUUGAUUGUUUAGUGUUGGCUUCUAGAAAUUUACAGCUUGAUUUUUAUAUCAAGCUAAUAACUCAGCCUCUGCUUCAACAUUCUUACUACUGUAUUACAAAGAUUGAAGGCAUUUACUGUUAAACAAUACUUGUUUCCUGUGAGCAAUGGAAUGUACGAUCAACAUUUUUGGUGAUUGUAAAACUGAUGAGACAAAUUGGAUUAUUCUUUAGCUCUUGGUUUAAUGUUAGACAAAUUGGAUUGUAGUAGUUUCUGAGUUUAUGAUAUGAAUAUUAAACUUUCUUGAGCUGU